AUGCUAGACGUCAAAGGAGUGGGCUCAAAUCUGACACUUGCUGAACAGGACGAGGCUAUAGCGGAUCUGACGUUCUUCUUCGAUGAAUUCGGCUCCACUGGCGCAGUUCGCGACAAGUUGGAGGAACAGGAAAGCGAUAUCAAGCUCCUCCACCAUCAAAUUAGACGUCUACUAAAUCAUCAAAGCGAUGGGUUUGUUCGAGAAGAGGGAGAACGUGACAAAAAAUCUCGUACAGAUAUUGCAGAAGAUGUGGACGAGACGAUGAAAAACUUGGAUUUCUUCAUCAGAACGUUUGGGAGUACGCGUCAAGUGCGUGAAAAGCUAGAACGCCAGAGAGUCAAGGUUGUGGUUUACGUCGCACAGUGCGGUGGCUAA